AUGCAUCCGGGCGAGCGCUCGUACAAUUACGUAUGUGACUUCCUUUCAAACCGAACGGUAGAGCUCUCACUGGCCGGCGGCCUCACGUCCGCACGAAUGAACCUCGGGGACAGAGGCACCCCUCAAGGGGCAGUCCUCUCCCCAUUUCUUUUCAAUCUGGUCAUGAGUACACUUCCUGCCUCACUCGACGAGAUCCCCGGCUUACGACACACCAUCUAUGCCGACGAUAUUACACUGUGGACGGCCACGGGCUCGGACGGCCAGAUUGAAGAGACCCUUCAACGUGCCGCCGACGCCGUCGUUCACCACGCAACGCAGGCAGGCCUCAAAUGUUCGGAGAGCAAAUCUGAACUCUUGCUGCUUAGACCUCCCGACCGCCGGAAGAUCAAACACCCCCCUUUACCGACUAUCCAAGUCUACGUAAAUGGCACGGCCUUACCGCAAGUGAACCGCAUGCGAAUCCUCGGUCUUCACGUCCAAACAGGCCAAUACAACACCACCACGCUCGACCGGCUGACCGUUGCGGUCACACAGACGGCUCGUCUCAUCGCACGCGUGUCUGCCCGCCGGCAAGGCAUGCGCGAAAAGGAACUUGUCCAACUCAUUCACGCCUUCGUGAUAUCGCGCAUCACCUACGCCCUACCGUACCUCCGCCUUUUACGCACCGAAAAGGACAGAGUCGAACGACUCAUUCGCAAGGUCUACAAGCUAGCUCUAGGCCUUGCCCCCACCACCUCCACGACACAUCUCCUGAGCCUCGGUCUUCACAACACCCUCGACGAAUUGAUUGAGGCACAUCGCACUGCCCAAAUACGUCUUCGCGGAAGCAAGACCGGCCGGUGGAUCCUCGAUCGCAUCGGCCUCACUGCAUCGCCCUCUGGCCAAGACCCGAUUUGCCUACCUCCUCCGAUACGACAACGCUUUAUAAUCAAACCACUACCGAAAGACAUGCUGGCCGGCCACCACGACGGGCGUCGACAGGCGAGGGCACAGGCCCUGCACGAGACCUACGCCUCGAGCACAGAGGCAGCAUAUGUAGAUGCGGCCCGUUACACUUCGCAGUCGAAAGCGAGCCCCCAAGCUCAAUGUUCCAACUAA